AUGGGUUGGGGUUUUAAUACAUGUGGCCCGAAUGAGGCCAUGGUUGUCUCUGGUUGCUUUCACAAAAGUCCCUUACUGGUCCCUGGUGGACGAGUAUUUGUCUGGCCAGGAAUUCAAAGAGUGGAGAGAAUGCCAUUGAAUACAAUGACACUAAUCAUCGAAAGCCCUCGAAUCUACACCCAGCUUGGUGUUCCUAUCACAGUAACUGGUGUCGCACAAGUAAAAAUUAAUGGAAGUAACCAAGAAAUGUUAGCGGCUGCAUGUGAACAAUUUCUUGGCAAAUCAGAAAAUGAAAUACGUGAAAUAGCUCAAGAAACACUUGAAGGUCAUCAACGUGCUAUUAUGGGGAAUAUGACAGUUGAAGAAAUAUACAAAGAUAGAAAAAAAUUUUCAAAAGCUGUUUUUGAAGUAGCCAGUUCGGAUUUGGUGAAUAUGGGGAUUAGUGUAGUUAGUUAUACACUAAAAGAUAUAAAAGAUGACGAGGGUUAUUUACGUUCACUUGGUUUAGCAAGAACAGCACAAGUCAAAUGUGAUGCACGUAUUGGUGAAGCCGAGGCAAGACGUGAUGCUGGUAUUCGAGAAGCAGAAGCUGAAAAACAACGUGUUGCCGGUAAACUACUAAAUGAUAUUGAAAUUUCUAAAUCAAAACGUGAUUUCGAAUUACAAAAUGCUGCUUACGAGAAAGAAGUACAAUCACGUAAAGCGGAAUCGGAAUUAGCCUAUGAAUUACAGGCAGCUAAAGUUAAACAACAAAUCAAGGAGGAAGAAAUGCAAAUCACCGUUCUUGAGAAAACUCAACAAAUCCAAGUGGAGGAAUUAGAAAUUUUACGGCAAGAACGUCAUUUAGAUGCAACAGUACGAAAACCAGCUGAAGCUGAACGUUUUCGUUUGGAACGUCUCGCUGAAGCUGACCGGCUGCGUUUAACUGCCGAGGCGGAAGCAGAAGCUGAAGCUAUUAGGCUGCGUGGUCUUGCUGAGGCGGAAGCGUUAAAAGCUAUAGCACACGCUGAGGCAGAACAAAUGGCAAAGAAAGCUGAAGCAUGGAAAAAUUAUCAGAAUGUUGCUAAAUUAGACAUGGUGUUACAAUCGUUGCCAAAAAUUGCUGCAGAGAUUAGUUCACCUUUAACUAAAUGUGAUAAAGUCACUAUGAUCUGUACAGGUGAAGGUGAUAUUGGUGUUGCGAAAUUAACUGGUGAAUUAUUUACAAUUAUGAAUAGUUUACCACACUUAAUACAUACCAUGACUGGUUUAGAUAUAUAUAAAAAUAUUAAAACAGUUUAA